AUGGAUUUGACAACCAUUAGAUUAUCGAAUAUACAUUUUCAAUUGUCAAGUCUUGAAUACUUAUGUGUGGAUUUUGCCUUUGGGACUUCCAAAUUUAGGUUGGAACAAACUCAAGGAAGCAGUCAACGAGUCAAGGCUGUCAGCAAAUUGGACAUCAGUGUUAAUUUGAGAGAGACAGAAAGAUUCAGAAAGAAACAAACCCCGCAAAUUCUUCAUACGCUUCUCAAUCUCUGCCAUCCUCUCACAUUUUCCUUCUUCAUUCUCAGCCUGUGGGCGGAGAAAAGAUAA